AUGAGAUCAGUUACACACCUUAAAGCAGAUACCCUUAAUCUUCAGCCUCUUGAAGGUUAUACUUUAGUCAAAACAGUUGGAGUGGGAACUUUCGGCGCAGUUUUUCUUUGCAACAAUGCUAAAGGAGAGCCUGUGGCAAUUAAGAAAGUUUUUAUGGAUCCAAAGUUCAAAUCUCGUGAAUUGCAACUCGUUAGCCGUCUUCAACACCCGAAUAAUUUAGUUUACAUUGGACAUAAAUUUAUUAAUGAAGGUCAGAGACAGCACAAAUUCUUAAUACUCAUUACAGACUAUUUGCCAGACAGUCUUCCAAUGUUUAUGUCGAAAUUCCCGUUCCCACCUCCUUUAUAUGUCAAAUUAUGGGGAUAUCAAAUGUUUUCUGGCCUUGCUUACCUUCACGCGCACAGCAUAGCUCAUCGUGAUAUCAAACCAUCGAACGUUCUUGUUGAUCCAGAUGAUGGACGCCUUCAAUUAUGCGAUUUUGGUAGUGCAAAGUUCCUUUUGCCAGGAGAAAAGAGUGUUUCCUACAUUGCAACAAGAAACUAUCGAGCUCCAGAGCUACUAUUAGACUGUCCGGCCUAUACUUUUUCAAUUGAUGUUUGGUCGGCAGGAUGUGUUCUUGCAGAGCUCUUCCUUCAAGGUCGCUCUUUAUUUAAUGGAAGAAACAACUCUGAAUUAUUAACUUCAAUAGUCAAAACCAUCGGUUCACCAAAUCCAGAAGAUUUGGAGUCAUUCGAAUCAUCAAAACGUUUUACACAAUUUGGAAUUAAGGGUAUGACACUCAAAGCAGCCCUCCCAUCAUUCACACCACCAGAAUUUAUAGAUUUACUCGAAAAAAUAUUUAUUUUCAAUGUUAAGAAGCGUUAUACAGCUGUUGAUUGCAUGAGACAUCCAUUCUUUGCUGAUUUAUUCAAUCCAGGAACUACACUUCCAAGCGGAAAGCCACUUCCGGAUUAUUUGUAUAAAAUGAAGACUCCAGAAGAAAUGUUCCGUAACUUCCCGAAUGGACCAUCACCAGAAUAA